AUGCACGAUCCGUUUCCUAUUCCUCGCAUCGAAUGGCUGAGCAAUGCCGUGCAGCCUUUCGCUGACUAUACCGGGCUCACGACGCUGCCAUUCCAUAUCCACGAGGUGGUCAUCUCGUUCCUAGGAUAUUAUUUCAUCAAUAUCGCCUUCGCGCCGUGGAUUUCGAGGAAGCUGGUCCCGACUAAAUAUGCGAAGCUCACUCCAGAAAGGAAGAUCAACUGGGAUGUACAUGUGGUGUCGUUGUGCCAGAGUACGGUGAUCAAUGCCCUCGCCCUGUGGGUGAUGUAUGCCGAUGAGGACAGGAAGAAUAUGGAUUGGAAGGAGAGGGUUUGGGGGUAUACGGGGGGCGCGGGCAUGAUUCAGGGGAUGGCGACGGGGUAUUUUCUUUGGGAUUUGGUGGUUACGCUGCAGAAUGUUAAGCUGUUUGGCCUUGGUAUGCUGGCGCAUGCUUUGAGUGCUCUCUUGGUCUUCUCUUUUGGCUUCAGACCCUUUGUCAAUUUCUACGGAUGCACAUUCAUCCUCUACGAACUCUCCUCCCCCUUCCUCAAUUUCCACUGGUUCUUCGACAAACUCGACAUGACCGGCUCCAAACCCCAGCUUUAUAACGGUAUCGCCCUCCUCGCAACCUUCUUCUCCUGCCGUCUCGUCUGGGGCACCUACCAAUCCGUCCGCGUCUACCAAGACGUCUGGAAAGCAGUCCACCACCAACCCCUCGGCAACACCAUCGCCAUCGACGCCCUCAACAACGGCACCGCCGCCGGCUACGAAGCCGCACAUGGCAAAAGCGCAGCACCAAUCCACAACAGCGUCAUGCAAUUCGCUGGUCCAGAAUUCGUGCCUCUCUGGCUCGCAUUCACAUACCUCGGCAGCAACAUCGUGCUCAACACACUCAACUUCUACUGGUUCGGCAAGAUGAUCGAGACGGUGCGGAAGCGAUUCCAGCCUCCCAAGGAGGAGCGACGGAAAGCAAAGAUGUCGGCGUCGAAGAGUACGGGGGUCAAUGGGACGGUCAAGGUGGAUCUUGAUUCCACUGAGGUGCGAAGACGGAAUGUGGAGAAGGAUGAUACUAUUGAGGGGGUUCAUGCGUAG